GAGAGAGAGAGAGCCGAUCUUUUAAGAUAAUUCACAUCUCGGUCUCACUUCCGUUGAUCGGACUCAGAUCAUCCUCUCCCUCUGAGAUGUGGAGCUUCGUCUGGUUAGUACCGUUGGUACUAUCCGUGUUUAAGGGUAUCAUCAUAAUGGCGAAAGCCACCGAGUCGCCUGCGGCGAUAUUCCUCCCUAGCCAAACCGGACUUGAUGAUUCGCCGCGGAGUCCUGUUGUGUGCUCCGCGUCUGAUCCGAACCUCAAUUACAGGCCGGUUAUCGGAAUUUUGAGCCAUCCAGGCGACGGCGCGUCGGGUCGGUUGAACAAUGCUACGAACGCGUCGAACGUUGUGGCGUCGUAUGUGAAACUGGCUGAAGCUGGUGGAGCACGCGUUAUCCCGCUCAUAUAUAACGAGCCCGAAGAACUUCUCUUCCAGAAGCUAGAGUUGGUCAACGGUGUGUUACUCACUGGUGGUUGGGCUAAAGAAGGAUUGUAUUUUGAAAUCGUCAAGAAAAUCUUCAAUAAAGUCUUGGAAAGAAAUGAUGCUGGAGAGCACUUUCCGUUAUAUGCUAUUUGCCUCGGAUUUGAGCUCUUGACAAUGAUCAUUAGUCAGAACAGAGACAUCUUUGAAAAAGUUGAUGCAAGAAAUUGUGCUUCAAGUCUCCAGUUCAUUGAAAAUGUUAAUAUCAAAGGAACCGUAUUCGAAAGAUUCCCUCCAGAGUUGUUUAACAAGCUUAGUACAGACUGUUUGGUUAUGCAGAACCAUCAGUAUGGUAUAUCACCAGAGAGCUUUGAACGCACUAUUGCUCUGUCUAAUUUCUUUAAUAUCGUGACAACAUGCACUGAUAACCACAACAAGGCAUAUGUUUCAACAGUUAAAUCAAAACAAUAUCCAGUGACGGGCUUCCAGUGGCAUCCUGAGAAAAAUGCAUUUGAGUGGGGAUUAUCCAGCAUCCCACACUCUGAGGACGCGAUCCAGGUGACUCAGCUCGUUGCAAAUUAUUUAGUCAGUGAAGCUAGGAAGUCACAGAACAGACCAUCUUCUGAGAAAGUGCUGAGCAAUCUCAUUUAUAACUACGCCCCUACAUACUGUGGAUACGAAGGGAGAGGUUACGAUGAGGUUUACAUUUUCACCCAACAACGAUCUCUUCUCUGAGAACAACGUCGCCCUCUCUUGUGUUUGUCCAGUGAAAUUUGUGUUCUCGACUCUGUUAGUAUAUGUGAAUUUGUUGUAACUCUGAUGUCUAUAUAUAUAACCAGACAGUGUAAUCCUUUGUAUAGACGAUGUGUAACUAGUUUCAGUAGUGUGUUAAUACUUGAUAAGAUAAAAAAACCUCUGUUUUGCUAAACUAAAAUUUUAUGUUCA